AUCGUUUGCAUCUGCAACAGGGCCGUUAUCUGGUCAAUUUAUAUGCCUGCGGGCGGACUGCAACGGUCGUCAGUCGUCUCCGGAACAUUGCCAGCAUGAAGCUACUCACGUUGGUGGUGCUGCUGUUCUCCGCCAUCAUCGUCUGCCGGGCGGAGUAUCAAAAAUUCGACAACUAUAAACUAUACACACUGUACGUGGAAGAUGACGAGCAGGCAGAAGAGCUGCACAACUGGUACGCCAAUGGAAACCUAGACUUCUGGAGCUACGGUACGCUCAACGAUAGCGUCACGGUUAUGGUCAGCCCAGAGCUGCAGGCAUACUUCGAGACAAUGCUGGACGACGUUCAGCUCGAGUCGGAACUGGUGGAAGAGAACGUACAAUCGUUGCUGGAGCACGAGCAGGAGCAGCGCAAUCUGCACAUCCUGAGCAAACGCCGACGUCCCCAGAAGGUACCGCAGAAGCCAACCAACACCGACGCCACCGAUGAGGAUGCUAUCGAUUUCGAGCAUUUCUGGACGCUGGACGAGAUCUAUCGUUAUAUGGAUCGGUUGGAGAAGACCUUCCCGAAUCUGGUGCGCGUAAUGACGAUCGGUCAAACGUACGAGAACCGUUCGAUCCUGGCGAUGAGUAUCUCGAGGGAUGGGCGUAUCAAUCAAACGCGCCCCGUGGUGUUGGUGGACGCGGGUAUACAUGCCCGCGAAUGGGCCUCGCAUAUGUCGGCACUGUACCUGAUCCAUCAGCUGGUUGAGAAUGCGGACAAGAACGAGGAUCUGCUGUACUAUACGGACUGGAUCGUUGUACCUGUGGUGAACCCGGAUGGAUACGUGUACUCGUACGAGACGAACCGACUGUGGCGCAAGAAUCGGUAUGCGGACAACAUACUCUGCGCUGGCACGGAUAUUAACCGCAACUUCCCAUUCCGCUGGAGCUACACAUCGCAUUCCUGCACGGAUGGGUUUGCCGGCAAAACGCCCGGUUCGGAGAGCGAAACCCAGGCCCUGAUGCUGCUGAUGUCUCAGUUCGCGCGCAGCAUCAAGAUGUAUCUGUCCGUGCACAGCUGUGGCGAUUACAUCCUGUACCCGUACGGUUACGCCUACAAGCCGGCAACGAAUGCGGAAGAUCUUUACGCGCUGGGAUUGCGGGCGGCCGAAGCGGUGCAGAAGGUCGGCGGACCGGAGUACCUUGUCGGGCAGGCAUCCGGAUUGCUGUACUUGGCCACCGGUAGCGAUGACUUUAUCUACGGUGCGUACGGUGUUGAGUACGCGUACACACUGGAGCUGUCCUGUGGUAACCGUGGCUAUGGAUUCAUCAUCGAACCGGACCAGAUCCAAACGAUUGCAGCGGAAACGUUCGAGAUGUUCAAGGUGUUUGGCAUGCACGCCGGCAACCAGAAGAUUACCAAGCACCCCUAA